GUUUGAGAUCAAUAAUUAUUUGAUCAAAAUGAAACUUUAUUAUACUUUCUGUGCAUUUUACGAUGCUUUAGCUUGAAAUUGUAAUAGCAUGAAUUUGAACACUGUUAGCGGCAUUCAACUGCUAGCUACAGAAACAUUGGCGGACAUUUUAAGUUAUUUACCAGGGCGAAGUUUAACAAACGUUCUGCUUGUCUGUCGUUUAUGGAAAGAAUUGGCUCAAAGGGAAUUGUCUCGAAGAAAUCAUUUUGUUUGUCGAGUUUAUCGCAGCAAUUCGCGAUCUGUAAAGCAUAUAGUUGCUGACAUUGGAAGGCAUAUUAAUGAAAUUUUAAACGACACAAGAAUAGUUCCAUCAGCUGCAAUUAUAAUAACAAGACACUUGAGUCGUUUGCUUCCAGAGAUCACCCCAAACCUGCCCAAGAACUGUGUUGUUAUUGGUACACAAAAAACAGGUGGCCUUAUUGUGGAAAACAAUAAAGGGCCACCAUUUGAAUUUAAGCAAGUAAACAAACAUGUUUCUAUCCUUUUAAUCCCAAAAGUGCCAGGUGUGAAUGUAAGUCUGUUGCAAAUGUCGUACAAGGAUGUGUCAGGUAAAGACAAGCCAGAAAAAUGGGAAACAAAGUUUGAUCAUCUUGUGGGAAAAGACAUAAAGUUUGUAUUUUUGAUUGGAAAUAUGACUUCAUGUGGUACCUAUUCGGAGUUUUGUUCUAACAUGUUCAAGAUUCUUGGAGAACAUGUUAUUGUCAGCGGUGGCGUGGCAAGUAAGCUUUCAAUCGCUUACAGCAAAGGCGAGACAAAAUCAAGCAUGAUAGCAGGUCUGGCGUUUGGUGGAAAUGUCGAGGCAAGUAGCGUUGUUUGCGAUGAAGAAUACUUUCUGCCUGAAACGUCAAGCAUUAUUCCACUUCUUCAAGAAUUGGGAAGUAAACAUACUCCAUGUCUGGGACGCCCAACUGCUUGUUUUUUAACGCCAUGUGUUGCGAUACGUGACGAUCUUUUGCGCGAUUUGGGGAGCUUGGAAUUCAAAAAAGCUUUUCCAGAAAUGAAAACAUUCGGAUUUCGUUGCUUUGGUGAAAUUGGAACAGAACCAUGCAAAUCACGUGGUAAUGAUGGUAAAGUGCAAAAUGUCUUGCCGCGAGGUGUCUUCCAUAGUUACAGUGUCGUGUUAAGUGUUUUAAAAUUUUUAUAGCAUUAUAUACAUGUGUAUAACAAUGAUGUACGGAAUUGUGGUGAGACCAUAUUGCGAGAAUUAUAUACAUUCAGUGAAUUCAAUCAAAGGUUGUCUUUCCGCGAAUGCAGAACUGGAACUCUAGGGGAGUAUAACUGCGAAAAAAAUGAUGGUGUUUUAAAGUCUGGGGCAUAGC